AUGGUCUAUUCAAGUGAAACUUCCAAAUGGAAAGCUUAUCAAUUCAAUGAUCCAUUUGCUGCUGGAUCCUUUUUUGUUUGUAAUAAAAUCAAUCAAAUAUUCUGUCGUCCUGAUUGUGAUGUUCGACCAAUUACAAAUUUAAAACUGGAGAUUAAAUUCGUUUCAAAUUCAAAACAAGCAUUACAAUUAGGUUACAAACCUUGUGAACAUUGUGAUCCUAUAAAUACAAGCAUGGCUAUUGAUGUUAACUUGUUAAUUAAAUGUGUUUCUAAUGUUAAUACUAGAAUUGGUUUUAUUCCUCCUUUAUUAGAUGAUGAUGAAGAAUCAAAUUCUUUGAAAAUUAAAGAGAAUAUAUUGGAAUCUAAGAAAUUAAAUCAACAAGAAUUGUUAAAUAAAUUUGAAUCAUCCUCUACUACAAAUAUUCACGGUCAUAGAAAUUCUGUUCCUAAUUUAAUUUCAUCUUAUGAUAAUAAAGCUCCAAAAGAUUUAUCAUUAUCCAAAAAUGAUUCUGACCAUUAUAGAUUAGUUGAUUUGGCAUGUCGUCAUUUGGCUUUGGCUGCUGCUAUCAAUGUAUUCCAACCAAAACCAAUAAUAACUAAUGAUGAAUCAUCUUCUCAAGAUCAACCAAAUUCUCCAACAAGUAAUGGUUCUGGUAAGAGAAGAAGAAGAAGAAGAGGUGGUGUACUUGGUUUCAAGGAAUUGGCCGCUAAAUCAAAAUUGAGUGCUUGGCAUUUUCAUAGAGUUUUCAAAUCAGUUACUGGCUUAACUCCAAAAACUUAUGGUGAUAAAUGUUGGGAAUUUGUCAAGAAAGUUAAAGAAUCAGGUGAAUAUACCAGUUUUGAAGAAUAUUCUAUGAAUUCCCCAGUUGGUACAACAAAUCUCAGUGAUGAUGAUAAUUCUAAUACCACCAGCAUUCAUAAAAAUACCCAUAUUUCAAAUCCUAAUAGUCCACUAAAUAAAUCCACUUCAGGUAUUAUGAGUAAUACUUGUACUUCUUCUCCACAAGAUGUUGAUGGUACUACUAUUGCUUUAUAUCCAAUAACUCCUACUUCUCAAACAACUAAUAUUGGUGGUACUGGUACUAUUUCAAAUAUUGAUUCUGCAAUUUCUGAAUUUCCAGAAUUUGGCUUCCCAACAACUAAUAUUGCAAAUGUUGAUUCAUUUUUGAAUUUUUCUACAGGACUCAUUAAUGGUGAUGAUUCUUCUACAAGAGCUUUUUCAUAUCAAGAUAUGUCGAGUUUACGUGGUGGUAAACAAGAUUCUAUAACUAAUUCGUCAACUGGUUCAUUAUUCAACAAUACUAAUAAUUUGUUACAAUAUACCCAAUUUCAACCACUGAAUCAAUCCUAUGAUCCUACAACGACAACAAAUGAUUCAUAUGUUAAUACAUAUGAUGAAUAUAGUCAUAUGAAUGAUUAUCAUCAUCAACAACAACCACAACAACAACAACAACAACAGAAUCAUCAUUCAUUUGAUGAUUUAUAUUCUUUAACUACAUUUGAUGAAAAUUUAUUUAAUAAUGAUACUUUAUUUCAAGUUGGUAAUAAUAGUAAUAAUGCUACUACUGCCACUACAAAUGAUGAAAAUAAGUACAAUUACAAUUUAAUGACAACUAUUGGAUUAUAG